UCAGGGAAGUACAACUCAACUGGCAAAGCGAAGUAGGAAGAGGAUAAUUGGACGCAUACGCCUAUAGUGACAUCCUACCAGUAGCUCUCAAAAGGCAUUUAAAGAAUGCCAUUUUCAUGCUUGCCUUUUUUCGCCUGCAAUAGGCAGGUGGACAUGCUGGAUCGCCGACAGUGUAAUCUCCAGUCGAUACCGCAUGAUAUCGAUCGGAAUGCGCGAACAUUGGAAGAAAUGUAUUUGGACUGUAAUCAUAUCAAAGAUUUGGAUAAGCCAUUAUUUCGAUGUCGAAAAUUGAAAAUUCUAAGCUUAAGCGAAAAUGAGGUUAUUCGUUUGCCUUCCGACAUUGCUCAUCUUACUUAUCUGGAAGAGCUUAAUCUUAAAGGGAACGAUGUCUCUGAUCUUCCGGAAGAAAUAAAAAAUUGCAUUCAGUUGAAGAUUCUUGAUCUCAGCUCGAAUCCAAUUACAAGACUACCACCAACAAUAAGUCAGUUAACAUCGAUGACAAGUCUUGGUUUAAAUGAUAUUUCACUCACUCAAAUGCCUCAUGAUAUUGGUCAGCUGCGGAAUCUGCGAUCUCUAGAAGUCCGCGAAAAUUUAUUGCGAACAGUACCUCCAUCGAUAAGCCAGUUGAAACAGCUACGAAGGCUAGAUCUUGGCCAUAAUGAACUUGAUGAUUUACCAAACGAAAUAAGUAUGUUGGAGAAUUUGGAAGAGUUAUAUGUGGAUCAGAAUGAUUUAGAAGCUCUUCCCGAGUCGAUUGUCCAGUGUCGUUCUUUGGAGCAAUUAGAUGUUUCCGAAAAUAAAUUAAUGUUGUUACCGGAUGAGAUUGGAGAUUUGGAAAAGCUAGAUGAUCUUACCGUUUCUCAGAAUUGCUUACAAGUGCUACCGAGUUCAAUUGGACGUUUGAAAAAACUGUCCAUGUUAAAAGCAGAUCGUAAUGCAAUUACGCAGUUAACGCCAGCAAUUGGUAGCUGUCAUGCAUUAACAGAAAUCUACUUAACUGAGAAUUUGCUCACAGAAAUUCCUAGUUCACUGGGCAAUUUGAAAAGCUUGCGGACACUUAAUUUGGAUAAGAAUCAGUUAAAGGAACUUCCACCUACGAUUGGUGGUUGUACAUCGUUAUCAGUUCUUUCACUUCGUGAUAAUUUAAUAGAGCAACUUCCACUUGAAAUUGGGCGACUUGAAAACCUGCGAGUAUUGGAUGUUUGUAACAAUCGUCUGAAUUAUUUACCGUUUACUGUAAACGUUCUUUUUAAGUUAAGAGCUUUGUGGCUGUCUGAGAAUCAGUCGCAAGCAAUGUUAAAAUUGCAAACGGAGCAGGACCCAAGGACAGGAAUCAAAGUUCUAACAUGUUAUCUCCUGCCACAAAGCAAUUCGCAACUCGUAGAACAAGCUCCACCAAACCGUUCAUUCAUCGGUGGUCCAAAAGUACAUUUUGGUAGUGAUCUGGAAGAAACGCAUGAAGAUGAAGAGAACGAAUUGGGACAGUUUUCGCGACAUGACACUCCCCAUCCAAAGCCGCACUCCCAUGCACCAAAGUUCAAAAAGCAGUCUAUCGAUGGUCAUAUAAUUCUUCAUGAUGAUGACCAGUCCACAAAACCACCAACACUGGCAUUGAAUUCUGGUAGGAAGCGUGGUCCUGAUGAAGGUUCACCUCGUGCACAGUCUCCAAAUGCAUCAGCAACUCAGAUUGCCUCACUUCGAAGUGCAUUGAAACAUCCACCUGUACUGCCAUCAGUUGCUGGUUUUGAUCACAGUAUUGAACGCAUAGUAGAUCGUAGGCAAAAGUUAUCACCAGGUGUUGAAAUAUUGAAUAUAAAAAUUCAUCGUGAUACAAAUGGAGGCCUUGGCUUGUCCAUUGCUGGUGGUUUAGAAUCAACACCUUAUAAGGAUGAUGAUACUGGUUUAUUCGUCUCGAAACUUACUGAUGGUGGUCCGGCAAUGAUUGCUGGACUGCGAGUUGGCGACAAAUUGCUUCGUGUUAAUAAAACAGAUGUAGUUAAUGUGCGUCAUCAGGUAGCAGUAACAUCAAUGCAGGACGCUCGAGAUGUCGUAGAGCUGACGAUUUUGCGUGAUUCGCAUGAAACACCGUCUUCUUAUGUUGCUGCUAGCAGCUUCACUAUAUCUCCAAAUCAGAGUACUGAUAACUCAUUUAUCUCGGAGUCAAUCGAAGCGUCAUCAUCAGUGACGAAGGAGACGAUUUCAACAACGAUUCGCCGAGAUAUAAAUGGUUCGCCGGGGUUCAGUGUUGCAAGUGGUACAGGUGGUGUAAUUGUGAUAUCAUGUAUUGCCUCUGGAGGUGCGGCAGAAAGGAAUGGCAAGUUACGCGUUGGUGAUCGCGUACUUUCGAUAAAUGGCACAAAUAUGAGAGGUGCACGACAUGACCAAGCAGUGGCAUUACUAACUGGACAUAGUGGAAGUGACAUCUAUCUGGUGGUGCAGAGGGAUCGUCCCAAUCAAAAUGUUAUCAUACCUCCUUCACCGAGUUUGUCGUCAAUAAGAACACACACAGUUGAACGGAUAUCGCCACUAAGGAAAUAUGGUUUUGGUGAUCCUUCUUGGGAUGGUAAAACCGAAGAAGUAGAACUUGUGCGUGACAAUCACUCACUGGGUUUAUCUAUUGUUGGUGGCAGUGAUCAUUCUUCGCAUCCGUUCGGUAUCAAAGCGCCUGGCGUAUUUAUUUCAAAAAUAACAUUAAAUUCACCAGCAGGUCGUUCACAGAAGCUGCGUAUUGGGGACAGAAUAUUAUCGGUAAACAGUACUGAUAUCCGUACAGCGAAGCAUCAAACAGCAGUUGAGGCCUUGAAGCAAAGCGAUAGGACAGUACGUUUGUUAGUCAUUCAUGAGCCACAACCACCAGGCUUAAGACAGGUAACAAUUAAGCGAAAUAUUGGCGAAGCACUAGGAUUAAAUAUCUGUGGUGGUAUCGGUAGUCCGCCGGCAAAUCCUCUUGACAAAUCUGAUGAAGGCAUCUUCAUCGAAAAGGUGGAGCAAAAUGGUCCUGCAGCUGCAUCAUCGUUAUCGGUAGGAACUCGUAUUCUGGAGGUUAACGAUGAGUCUCUCUUAGGAUGCUCACAAGAAGAGGCGGCUCGUAUUUUACGUCAAUCUGGCACUAUUGUACGACUACUAGUGUGUGAUGCUUUCUGUGUCCCUUCUACUGCUAUAUCUUCCUCGUUCAUGGGUCAAACUAGUAAUGAUACGCAAGUUGUAUCCGGCGAGCGACAAACUACUAUUUCCAAUACUCUUUUAAACGCUGAUAUUCAGGAAUCAUUAAGCUGUUCCUCGUCACAACCAUCCAAACCAUCUUCAUCACCGGACACUGGAGUUUCCGAGACAAUCAGAACUCUAGCUUCCAUUUCGACUGAUAGUCCUUUGGCUGCUUCUUCUCCAGUUCCACCUAUUUCUUUAUCUUCUGCUGCAGCACCUUCAUCAACUUCGAGUUUACUGCAACCUUUAUCUCCAUUUUCAUCAUCGAAUACAACUACAUUUUCCACGUCAAACCUUCGUACAGCUGCACCUCCUCCGAUUGCCCCAAAGCCGCGAAUCAUUCCAAAUCAGAAUGGUAAUGCAGUGGGUGCAUCUUCACCGCUUACUUCUUUUGAUGAACAAUUUGAAAAACAAAAAGAACGUACAGUUUCGUCAGUGCAGUCCUCAUCUCCAUCCACGUCGUUUUGGUCGUCUACUCCGAAUCCCGAACGGUUGACAUUUUCAUCGAAAUUAGAAAAAUUCGAGCGCGAGAUUGAAAUUAAAAGGCCAGACGCUAACCCUACGACAAAAUCCACCCUUCCUCCUGCAAAAAAACCAUUACUAAAUGACGAUGAAAUUCGAAAAAUGAAAGAAGAAGAAACUAGAAAAGUUGCGAGCGGAUCAGCACAAAUAUGCUUCAGCCCUGCAGAUGAUGAUCUCGAUCGUUCAUUCGAGCAUAUUCUCAAUAAUAGUGCCGUGCCUCGCACAAUGCCAGCUGUAAUACGCACAAAAAAAGCCGAAAAUCGUAUGGCAGCGUGUUCUCCAUCCCCGAUUCUGAGCGGCGAACCAUUAAAUUCAGUUGAACAGCGAGCUAUGGAGCAUCAAAAACGUCAGGAAUGGCGGCAAGCUAGGUUUAAAUCUCUGGAAGCUGACUCCAAAGCAGCGGAAGAAGUAAUGCAACAGGUUGAGCAAAUUAGCAGCAGGUUGGCAAAUAUAACAGAAGAACACAGCAAUUCUUCUUUACCAGUAAAUGAGAAGAUUUUGCAAAAUGAAACGUCAUUUGAAAGAAAUGAGUAUAUCGAUCCAGUCACUGGUGAUACUACUGUUUCACUUGUUGAGAAAAGCAUUACUCAAAGAGAGAUAAGCACACCUUCCACACUGAUCGAUGAUUUGAAUACAGAAAUAGCGAAUAAUUCGAAAUAAAUGUCGUUACUCAAAACUAAUAAUAAAAUAUGAAUUAUGUUAUGGUUGUGCACUACAGUUCGCUAUGAUUCAGGGAGCUAACUGUUGUCUGAUUCAAACCUAUUUUAUGAAUUUACGAUUUUUAUUCACGAUGUUUCAAAUAAUUAACUUUUUUAGUAUCAUUAAAACAUGCUUACCGGCAAUAUGCAAAACUUGUUUGACGAAUUUACAAUACUUCAG